AUAUAAAAGAAAAAGAACUCCGAAUGUUAAUGUGGUUAUUUGGUCGUGUUUUAUUUUCGAAAUGGGUAAAGCAAGGAAAACUAGAAAAAUUGCCGAAAAGCGUUUCGCAAAAAUGAAGAAAAUGAUUAGUUUAAGUGAUCCUCGUAUCAAAGAAUCAUUAAGACAAUCACCUAAGAAAAAGAAACCAGAAGAUCCGCAUGAAAUGAAAGUACAUGAAGCACCACAAAUUAGUUCCGCUCUAUUUUUUCAAUAUAAUACACAACUUGGCCCCCCGUAUCACAUACUUAUAGAUACAAAUUUCAUAAAUUUCUCCAUUAAAAAUAAAUUGGAUAUCAUACAAAACAUGAUGGACUGCUUGUUUGCGAAAUGUACACCAUAUAUUACAGAUUGUGUGUUAGCUGAGUUAGAGAAACUAGGACAAAAAUAUAGAGUAGCUCUUAGAAUUAUCAAAGAUCCCAGGUUUGAAAGGAUAUGUUGUAUGCAUAAAGGUACUUAUGCGGAUGAUUGUUUAGUACAAAGGGUAACACAACAUAAGUGCUAUAUUGUAGCUACUAAUGAUAGGGACUUGAAAAGAAGGAUCAGAAAAAUACCAGGUGUACCAAUUAUGUAUGUAUCACAACAUAAAUAUACCAUUGAAAGAAUGCCUGAUGCAUAUGGAGCUCCCAAAUAAUUAUGUAAUGUGUAUUUUUUAAUAAAAAUUGAACUUUAUAUUUGUAAAAUUUUGAUAUUAUAGUGGAUAACUAUUUAUAA